CAACGUAGCCCAUCGGCCUUCCACCAUCAAACCAAAUACGGAGUAGCAGACGUGAGAGAGCGAGACGCCGGCGACCUCCAUCUUCAGAGCCUCUUGCUCGCCUAACGCCGCUUCUCCGACCUCUGCUCGCCGCCUCGCCGGACAUCGCUAUUCAACUCCAACCUCUGCUGACCGCUAAACUCCACUGCCCGGUUCAGCUAUGGCGACGCAUGGUCAUGGAGGAAGUGGCAGGUCUACGGUCCGACAAGAGAAGCUUGACAAGGAGUGUGAGAUCAGGAUUGAAGUCACCGCGGACACACCUCUCCGGCUACGCGUCCUUACCGGCACUGCUGAAAUAUUUGGCACCGAACUUCCGCCUGAAAUUUGGAUCACCUUUCCUCCUCGUCUCAAAUUCGCCGUGUUUACUUGGUAUGGAGCUACAAUUGAAAUGGAUGGACCAACUGAAAAUGAGUAUACAGCUGAUGAGACACCCAUGAUCAGCUAUGUCAAUGUGCAUGCCGUACUUGAUGCGCGGAGGGAACGUGCGAAAGCUUCACCAAGUGAUUCUGAUACUUACCAGGGGCCGAGGGUUAUUGUCGUGGGACCUUCAGAUUCUGGGAAGAGUACCUUAUCACGGAUGCUUCUUAGUUGGGCUGCUAAACUGGGGUGGAAACCAACAUUUGUGGAUUUGGAUGUAGGCCAAGGUUCAAUAACAGUACCAGGUUGUAUUGCUGCUACUCCAGUCGAAUUACCCAUUGAUCCAGUGGAAGGAAUUCCUCUUGAAAUGCCACUAGUCUACUUUAAUGGUCAUGUUAGUCCAAGUGUAAAUGUUGAUCUUUACAAGUUAAUUGUAAGGGAACUUGCUCAGACUUUGGAAAAACAAUUUGCUGGAAAUGCUGAAUCUCGAUCUGCAGGCAUGGUUAUCAACACCAUGGGAUGGGUAGAAGGGGUUGGUUAUGAGUUGCUACUUCAUGCAAUUGAUACCUUCAAUGCCAAUGUUGUUCUUGUCUUGGGUCAGGAGAAACUCUGGAGCAUGCUCAAUAAUGUCUUGAAAAACAAACCUAAUGUCGAUGUGGUGAAACUUCAAAGAUCUGGUGGUGUCGUAUCCAGGAAUGCUAAAGUACGCCAGAAGACCCGGGGCAUUAGAAUACGGGAAUACUUUUAUGGUCCAUCAAAUGAUCUUUCCCCUCACUCCAAUAUAUCAAGUUUCAACGACCUAUCAAUAUUCCGAAUAGGUGGUGGCCCACAGGCUCCACGUUCAGCUUUACCGAUCGGUGCAGAGCCAGCCGCGGAUCCAGCAAGAUUAGUUCCUGUCAACAUCAACCGAGACUUGCUGCAUUCAGUUCUUGCUGUAUCAUAUGCCAAAGAACCUGAUCAGAUCAUUUCUAGUAACGUUGCCGGGUUCGUCUAUAUCACCGACAUUGACAUUCAAAGGAAGAAGAUAACAUAUCUUGCUCCAUGUGCUGGAGAACUACCUAGCAAGUAUCUUAUUGUGGGAACCCUGGCCUGGAUUGAGAACUAACUCUUUUUUUAUUUCUUUUUUUUUUUUUUUUUGAGAUUCAAGAAAACUGAUUCUUCUGGGUCAUUUUCCUGUUGUAACAUUUGUACAGUGCUAAGAGUUUUCUAUACCUCAUACUGAUCAUGUUUUUUGCCAUUUUUUUUACAUUUAUACAGAGUAAUUAAGAUCUACUCUCUCCGGCUUAUUUUAAGUUAUCUCUUGUUUACAUUGUGUGAUUGAAAUUAUUUUUUACCCUGACAAUUAAUUUAUUUCAAAAUUGGGAAUGCAUUAAAAAAUAUCCUAUAAAAUUUAUACACUUACCUCAAAAUUUUACAAAACCAGAGUUAAGAUAGACUUGUUUUACCGAUUUGAGUAAUGAAAAUUAGUAAAGAGGUUAAAGUUUG